CUAGAACCCGAUUGCAAGAUUACAGAGCCCAAGAGAUAUUAUCAAUCAUGUCCGAUCAGCACUUUGAAAUCGAUCCACCACCUCCUCUUCCUCUAGCUCGCGCAAAAAACAGCCCAACCUUCGAUCUGACGCACCCAAGCCUAGUCCUCAUACUCUACAACACCCUCAUCGCGAUCCCAUUCUCCUACUUCAUCGCCGCCCUGAACAAAAAGAUCUUCCAACUCCUGGGCUACGAGAAAAUCAUGCGUUGCCCCUCCGGGAUCCUGGGCACGAAGAUCUUGUUUGUGGCGGUUAAUCUGUUGUUGAUUUGGGUGUGGGUUGUGGAGGGAGAGAGGGAGGAGGGGGAGAGGAGGGAGAGGAUUGCGAGGGUUAAGGAGGAGAUUGCUUGGUGGGAUGAGGAGAUUGAGAGAUUAGAAGCGGAGCUGGAAAGUCUUCUUGGAGGAAACGAGUCGGUUUUAAAUGCGGAGGGGAUUAGGGAGUGGGAUUUUGUGGUUGGGGCUAAGUCUCCGAAGGGGAAGGGGUUGGAGGAGGGUGGGAGUGGGUUGAAGGGGUUGAUUGCUUCGAGCAAAUUGCCGAAGUUGAGGAAGAAGAUGAAGGAUGUUGUGAAGGGCGGCGAAUAA